AUGGGCCACUUUAUGGAUGGAGAUGGGCCUCUGUGGCCAUGGUGGGCGUCAAUGGUCGUCAUUUCUUGCUGCAACUUCCUCUUCUUCAGGCACACGCGGCUGCGGUCUCGGCCGGCACACACGCCGCAGGAUCGUCGCUACCUUCGCUAUCUGCGGAACCUUUGCGUGCCCUUCCUCUUUGAAUGUGCAUGGCGGAGUGUGUUCCCAAGUCUCUACAACGAGCGCCAGGUGCUGUUCGACACACCCCUGAAUUCGAUCCUUCUGGAUCGGAGCUUGGCGGCGAUCGGGGAGAUUUGUUGGGUUUUGCAGAUCUGCUUGAUACUGGAGCAGCUCGCAACAGACCUGCGGCAGCACUGGAUGAAGGGCUGUUGCGGCAAGUGCUUCGUCGAGUUCUGCAGCAUGAUCAUGGCUCUGCUGGCUUUCGUCGGGGAGUUCUUCUCCUUUGUAGGCACGUUUACCACCAAUGCCUACUUUGAGGUCUUGGAAGCCAUGUGCUGGUGCUCCCUCUUCGCCCUGGCCUCGCUGGCGUCCCUCACGCUGCUGGUGCGGACGCACAUGGCCGGGGCAUGUGGAGUGGCCGCCAAGCGGUUCAUGGUUGUGCUCACACUGCAGGGCUUCUUCUAUUGCCCCUACAUGAUCCUGUACAACAUCCCCAUGUACUGGCGGAUUUUCCGGCACGACGAAGAGCAAGGCAAAACCUACCUGUCUAUCUUUGAGGGCAUCGUGGACUCUUGGAGGACCCGUGAAAGGUGCCAAGAAUGGCGCUGUUGGAGGGAUGACUGGUUCUGGAUGUCCUUCUACUUUUCUUUCGCAGUUUGGAGCAGUAUCUGCAUGAUGUAUGCUCCAAGACUGAGAUUUGCUCGCUUGACCAGCCAGGCUGGUGCACUGUAG